UUGCUGCCGCCGCGGCUGCCCGGCGCCUACCUCCGCCUCCUUUCCCCUCCUCAGCUCCAGACCGCGGGGCUCUGUGCGCCGGCCAGCCUUGAGGGCCGCGGCAUCCAUCCAUCCAUCCACCACCAGCAGCGGUGGGAGGGAGAGCGAGCUAAGCGCCCCCCCCUCCCCGCCGCCGCCGCCACCUUGUUUGUCCAGCUGCCGUCCUCGAUGUCUCCCCCGCCGGGGGGAGCUCACCCCACCCGCGCCCCUUCGGCCCUUAGAGGCCUCGUGGGAGCCCGGCCUGAGCCUCCCGUUUCCCGAGGCUGCUGCCCAAAUCAGACACGACUCCUGAGGCGGCGGCCCAGCAACGACAAAGCCGGCUUGGUCGUCUCCCCCGCGGCGACCAUGAAGGCGGAGGCGGGAGACCACAUGAUAAACCUGUCGGUCCAGCAGGUGCUGAGCCUCUGGGCUCACGGCACAUCGCUUCGGCACCUUACGGAAAUGUGGUACUGGGUUUUCCUAUGGGCUCUCUUCUCUUCUCUCUUUGUCCACGGUGCUGCAGGAGUGUUAAUGUUUGUCAUGCUGCAAAGGCAUAGGCAAGGGAGAGUAAUCUCUGUCAUUGUGGUCAGCAUUGGAUUUCUGGGUUCUGUAACUGGAGCUAUGAUAACCAGUGCAGCAGUAGCUGGAAUUUACAGAGUGGCUGGGAAAAGCAUGGCUCCCAUGGAAGCACUGGUGUUUGGAGUUGGGCAGACUGUACUGACAAUAAUUAUUUCAUUUUCAAGGAUUCUUGCAACACUUUGAAUCUUCUUGCUACAUUUUGAAUUUUUUAUGAAAGUGCUGUGCAUAAAAAGAAGCAGUCUGCAGUGAAGCUUUCCAGAAAUGGCUUCAGUAGCUGAUGGAUUGGAAUUACCAGGGAAAUGCAUGGUAUGUGGACUGCAAACUAGAGGUUCUAUCCAUUUGGAAAAUGCUUUCCUCUAGGGUCCAAAAAUGACACCCUACUACACUGUACCUAAUGUGCCUCUGUCAUAGGCAAGGUGUGAUCCAUUAAGGAGAAGCUUGAGAUAAACCACCUUGUGAAGCUGCUGAUCAGUCAAACAGUUGGUGUUGUGAUCAUUGUGAUGGUAUUGAAGAAAAUACAGGGGCAUUUCUGAAGAAUGAAUAAAUGUGCCAAAUGUGAAAUUGAUUUUAAAAAAAGAUUUAUAAUGUGACCAUUUAGAUGUGUAGUAAUUGAAUGCUGCAGACAGUUUUAAAAAUUCAGGUACAGCAGCUAGAUAUUUGCUUAUUAUUAAUUGAAUCCCAUUCAGUACAGAAUAUUAGCAUGGCCGUGGAAACAAAACAAUUGUGAACUGAUGUUAUAGGUGAGCAGAUUCAGUAGCUGAAGCA